UCCACAGUACAACGCCCUCCGGAGAUUCAAAACGCAAAACGCAGCUGCAGCGUUUCUAAACUUCUCCGUUUUAGGUCUUCGUUUUUCCCGUUUUAGUGUGGACGGGAGGUGCAAACGUAGCAAAAGGUCUCCGUUUUUAAACGAAAACGCAGUAGUGUGGACGGGGCCUUAGUCACUUUCACAGAUCCUUGUGAACCAGGAUCAAUAUGACAACAUUGUUGUCUUCAUUCAAAACAUUUAAAAAACACUAAGGAUAACCUUUCCUACUUUUAGUACAUUGUUGUCAUGUAAACAUACACAUUGUUCAGUUAUUGGAGCUCUAGCCUAAUGAGCUGAUCAUCCGGUUAUUUUUUUUAACGCAUUAGAGGAGAAUCAGUUGGCAAAAAGAGAACACACGACAGCUCAAAGCGAUAAUCAACUUUGGCUUUGCUUUUCGGAGAUGAAUGCUUUUAUUACUCAACAGGCACAGAGGUGGCUCACGGGACUGCAGUGACCAGAGAGAGAGAGAGAGAGAGAGGGGGGCACACUGAGCAGCGUUGUGAUGACUGCAGCUGAUCCCGUCUGAAUCCUCUUGGCUCGCUCCCUGUGGAUGCCCGCUGUACCCACGCUGGCAGCAGAGCAGGCGGGUGCUGUGGGCAACUCCUGCCAACUCUCGGCCUAUUGAGAGGCAGUCUGACGGACACAAAUGAGAACGACAGACUUGCUGCAUCAACAGCAAUCCACGGCCAACCCAUUUCUGCUGCUGUGGACGGAAUUAAACCAUAAAUACCACUCACCCGACACACCCUCACCUCCACACACACUCACACACACACACACAGAGAGUGGAGGGGUGAGAAGAACUGCUGAAGGUCACGGACAGGAGAAACAGACAGAGAGAUGUCGGAUCAGCAGGGACUCCCAGAUCAGCAGGUUGCUGGGAAGAGCCAAGGAGGAGCAGGAGCAGUUUACAAGGUCUCACUGUAUGAAUUUGAGAACUUCCGAGGGAAAAAGGUCGAGCUGUCAGCAGAAUGCAAGGACUUGAUUGAGAAGAACUUGGAAAAAGUCGGAUCAAUUAUAGUUGAGUCUUGCCCAUGGGUCGCCUUUGAGCAGAAAGGCUUUCUGGGAGAGCAGUUCGUUUUGGAGAAAGGAGAAUAUCCUCGCUGGACCACCUGGACCAACAGCCAGAGGAGCUUCUGUCUCCUGUCCAUCAGACCCCUGAGAGUGGACAGCGCCGACCACAAGCUAUAUCUGUUUGAGAACAGCAGCUUUGCCGGCAGAAAGAUGGAAAUCGUGGAUGAUGACAUUCCCAGCCUGUGGGUUCAUGGCUUCCAGGACCGUGUGGCCAGUGCGAAAGCUGUCAAUGGAACGUGGGUGGGCUACAUGUACCCUGGCUACCGCGGCCGGCAGUUCGUGUUUGAACACGGUGACUACAAACACUGGAACGAAUGGGGCGCCACAGAACCACAGCUGCAGUCCAUCCGACGUGUACGCGACAUGCAGUGGCACAAACGGGGCUGCUUCCCCGUCCCCGACCCGGCUCCCAAACCCAAACCCAAUCCUAACCCCAAUCCUGCGCCCAAUCCCGCCCCUAACCCCGCUCCCCCUGCCCCGUCCGCCAGCUGAAGGAGAGCGUCCCGCCCCGUCACCGAUGACCUCUGCCCCACUCCUGCUCAGAGGGCCGCGAAGAAAGCUCGAAAGCAAAAGUGACUGGCCUUGCCUCUUGUGUGUCUAUCAUUGGAAAUAAAGGCCUCGGCCCCAUGGUUUGAUCUCUGA